AUGUCGCUCGGCCACAACGCCUGGCCCCCGGGCAACGUCCGCCCUCCGGAUGAGCACCAGGACUCACCGCGCCCUGUCAAUGGCUUGGUAAAGACAUUGUCAGGCUCGCGCACUCCCCAAAUACGCGGUUCUGUCAGCGCCGACGGGCCGAACCCCGGUAGUAUGACAUCGGAUCCCGAUAUCGCGAUCGAGGAGGAUCCGCGCAUUGCCCAAUUCCGCGACUUGUAUCGGAUUAGUGAGGCGAAAAUAAACGCGCUCUUUUCUGGUUACUAUGCUACCGACGAUUCUGCCGAUAUCGCGGUCGCCGACGAACAGCCCGAGAGCCAAGCUGAAUGCGUCGAUGCGCCGGCACCUCCUUCGGCUGCGCCAAAGAAACCCGCCCGCAAACUCGACGACGAUUACGAUGACUAUGACGAGGACGAUGAUGCCGAUAUGGCUGAUUCAACGGAAUCGCUUUCGAAAACCAACGUCCCGCCGUCGCAGGACCUCGGUCCCGGAACACCAAAUGCUCAACGUCCCGACAUUUCAGCAUCGACUAGCGCCGACGGAAACAAAGAGCCAAAGAAAGAGACAUUGGAGGAUCUUCGGAAACAACUCGAGGAGGAUAAGAAAGCGACGGAGGAGGCUGCAAGGCGGAGCUUUCACACACUCUUUUACACCUUGGAAAAUGAUCGCGAUGCCAUGCUGGAUCAACAGCGAUUGGAGGAAUCUGAACGACAGGUCGAAGCUGAGAUAUCUGGUCAAGCUACUUCUGGUGGGAGCAAUGCCGCUGGUGGUUCGGCUGGGUAUAGCUCGCUGAGCAAUACGAACCUUGGUGCCUCAAGUUUGACGUUGAAGAAUCUGAUUGCUCGGAUCGAUAAGAAGCGCGAUAUGGUGCAGGCGUCCGACGCGGAACUUCGAAGUUUGUUAAGUGAGGUUCGCAAGAAUCGAAGCAAGUGGGCAAGCGAAGAGAAAAUCGGCCAGGAGGAGCUUUAUGAAGCAGCGGAAAAGGUUUUGAGUGAACUCAAGGCCAUGACAGAACACUCUACCGCUUUUUUAACGCGGGUCAACAAGCGCGAUGCGCCGGAUUACUACUCAAUCAUCAAGCACCCCAUGGACCUCGGAAGCAUGACGAAGAAGCUCAAAGGGUUGCAAUACCGGUCCAAGCAGGAUUUUGUCGAUGAUCUCAACCUUAUCUGGGCCAAUUGUUUGAAAUAUAACACCAACCCCGAACAUUUCUUACGAAAACAUGCCCUCUAUAUGCGGAAAGAGACCGAGAAGCUCGUCCCAUUGAUUCCCGACAUUGUUAUCCGUGACCGAGCGGAGGUUGAAGCUGAAGAACGUCGUAUGCAGAUGGCAGAACUGGACGGCGCCGAUGAGAGUGAUGAUGAACCUAUAAUGUCCUCGCGCGGAAGAAAGGCGCCCGGUAAAUCCUCUAAGAAGGGCACCGCCCCGUCCCGCAGCACUCCCAGUGGUUCCGAAGGACCCCCAGGGGCACCCUCUUCUCAACCUCCCGCUCCUGUUCGUGCAGAAUCGGACACUGCCAUAGAAGCAAGCCAGAAUGGCUUCUCCACUCCACCCCCCGGGUCUCACACACCAUCAGAACCUGUAGGUGGCGGGCCAGGUGCCACGGCUAGUCAGCAGGGAGAUGCAAUGGAUAUCGAUGGACCGACAACAUCGACUACCGUACUCAGUGCUCUCGCCGGCCCCGGUGGAGAGCUAGAUGAUCCUGAGUAUAAGGUGUGGAAGCAAGUGACCAAAAAAGAUCGUGCUCUUAUGGCUUCAGAACGGCACCGUCUCCUCAAGGGUGACAAGCUCAACGUCGAUGAACCUGCCCUGCUGCGAACCAAAGCCGGCAUGCGCAGGUGGCUUCGACAUGAAAAACGAGCAGCCCUUGAGGGCGGCAAGAUACACGACGCCGGGGCUCAGGCGAGGGAGCCUGAAGCUGCUGGCGAGACCCUUGCUGAAGGCAUCGAGGACGAAGACGACAAAAUGGUUCCCUACUACUACGACGUCAUGUCUGGUGUCCCUGACCUCUCGGAACGACUUGUCUGGAAGGAAGAUGCCCAGGGCAAUAUGGUGGAUGCUUCGGAGGAAUAUCUUAGAAUGCUCCCGAAGGGCUCUUUCACGCAGCCUGACAGCAAGUUGACUCGCAAGUUGAACUCAAAUAUGCGCCAAAUGCAAGAGACCCGCAAGAUCUGCUCAAAGAUUGGUAUUGUGAAGCAGAUGCAGCUGCAAUCUCAGAUGUAUCAAAAUCAAUUCCAGAAGUACAGCCCUGAGCCUUUUGUCGAACAGGAUGUUCCACCUCACGUCAUGAACGACAAUGGCCCCGUCAUUGCGCCUGGAACUUGUCGAGCAGCGCUGCAACGAUCUGUCGCCAAGAUCUUCUACCAUGCUGGCUUCGAGGAAUACCAGCCAUCUUCUAUCGAGGUUGUUACCGAUAUUGCAUCAGACUUCUUCCAGAAGAUUGGUGAAACAGUCAAGACUUAUAUGGAAGCUCCCAAGGUCCCGACUGUGGAAAAUGCGACAUCCUCUGCUGAGUGGAAACCUGCCUUUACCGAGCCAGAAGUCGUUCUCCACACUCUUGGUGCCGUUGGCAUCGAUAUCGAAGAGCUAGAGUCCUAUAUAAAAGACGACAUCGAGCGACUGGGAUCCAAGCUCACCACUGCUCACGAUCGCCUCAAGUCGCUUCUCACCGAGCUCCUUCGACCUGCACUUGCGGAUGGUGGCGAGGACGGCUCCAACGCAUUCAACGAUGGGAGUGAGCAAUUCGUUGGUGGAGACUUUGCAGAAGACAUCGACGAAGAUUUCUUCGGAUUCAAGGAACUCGGGCUGGACCGCGAGUUCGGUCUCUCCAACCUCAGCGUGCCACUUCAUCUACUCCAAAACCGCAUGUUCAACGCAGCCCAGUCGCAGAACACGAACACUACUCAAGUGGUCACUCUCUUCCCGACACCGCCUGCAUACGCCCGCAUCUCGGUCGACAACGUGUCCGAUCAGAUCGGGUUGCUUCAGGCAUUUUUCAAAGGCAAGCUUGACGCCAACAACGACGAGCCCCUCGUGGAAGAUCUCGAGCUUCCCCCUAAGCAAAGACCCAUGGCCGCCAAACCUCGUCUUCCAGCUUCGGGCAAGAUUCCUGCUCUGGCUGGCAUUUCAGGUCCUACCUCGAGUCCCCAAAAACGGGCUGCGCCGCCCAGCGCAUCUGGGGCCGCCAAGGCAGCGGCCUCGGAGCCAAGCAAGAAGAAAUCGAAGAAGAACAGCGGUGUCGCUCUGGAGAUGCCCAACUUCAAUUAUGAUGGAGAUAUGAACUCAGGGUCUAUCGAUGGUGCAGGAGAUCCCACAUCAGCCGACAUGAAGCCCAUCGAUGGAUCCAAUAUAGCAGAUGGAAAUGGUGAACCUUCCCAGCAAGAUGUAUCCAUGACAAAUGGCACGACCGCAUGA